UCUUUUGAAUGGCAACCAGUUUGCUGUUUCUGUUUUCUAGUUAGGAUUGUAGUAAAUUUUGACAUUACAUCAUCCAAAUCAUUUCGCCGUUUCUCCACAUAUAUAUAAUAAACCACACCACAUUCAACCUUUUUACACUAUAUGUACCCAUUUCCCGACCAAAACCGAUUACAAUGAAGAAGACAAUCCUGCCGGAAUCCGUCACCGUCUCCGGCAUAUCCCCGCCGCAUACCGCCGUCGUGGACUAUCCAUGGUUCGACGACGCAUGUAUCCUCGACAUGGACUACUUUGUCAAAACCAUCUCCGGAAUCAAAGCCAAAGGCGUUCGUCCCGACCUCAUCGGCUCCAUCAUCGCUCAUUACGCCUCCAAGUGGCUCCCCGAUCUCUCCGGCGCCGGGAAAUCUGUAAUCUCCGACGACCCACUUCCCCCACCGCCGCAAUCCGAGAGCGUUACGGCCUCCCUGAUGAAGAAACGUUUCUUCGUCGAGACCCUCGUCGGGAUUCUCCCGCCGGAGAAGGAUUCCGUCCCCUGCAACUUCCUCCUCCGCCUCCUCCGGACAGCGAACAUGGUCGGAGCCGAACCCAGUUACCGGUCCGAUCUGGAGACAAGAAUUUCGUGGCAGCUCGACCAGGCCUCGCUCAAGGAGCUCAUGAUUCCUUCGUUCAGCCACACGUGCGGAACGUUGCUCGACGUCGAGCUCGUGACUCGGCUGGUGAAGAAGUUCGCCGGAUUGGACAGUGAAGGCGUCAAAAGCGGAGCGGCCCUAGUUAAGGUGGCGAAGCUUGUCGACUCUUACUUGGCGGAGGCCGCCGUCGACGGCGGCUUGAGUCUGCCAGAGUUCAUCGCCUUAGCCGGAGCUCUCCCGAGUCACGCUCGUGCUACAGAGGAUGGUUUGUACAGAGCCAUCGAUACUUACCUCAAGGCGCAUCCUCAGGUGUCGAAGCGAGAAAGGAAAGUUCUUUGCCGGCUCAUAGACAGUCCAAAGCUAUCAACAGAAGCCUCUCUCCAUGCUGCACAGAACGAAAGAUUACCAGUAAGAGCCAUAAUCCAAGUGUUGUUCACCGAGCAGACGAAGCUGAGCCGGCACGUGGAGUGGAGCGGCUCGUUCACCAGUGCCAGGAGCCCUAACCCCACCAGCUCGCAGUAUUCAGAGCCAGGCCCGGCUCGAUGUACGUCCAAACGGGAGAUUAACUUUCAACAAGCCGAGAUAAGGAGGCUCAAAGAGGAUGUAGCCAGGCUGCAGAGCGAGUAUGGAGCAAUGCAAGCUCAGCUAGAGAGGCUGAUGGAGAAGAAGGGUAGUAGUAAUAGUAACAGUAAUGGGGGGAGUAAAGGGUUCUUCCGGUGGAGGAGGCUCGGGAUAAUGCCUUCGAUAAGGAGCGGAAUCAGCGUCAGCGUGGAGAAGAUAGAAAACGGCGGCAAUGAGGAAGGAUUCGAGACACCGGGAAAUAUGAAGACUAGGCUUGUCAAGGGAAGAACUACGCCUUCUCGCUGGAGAAAAUCUCUGUCUUAAUGCGAAAUUCCCUGAAUGCUCCUGGAUCUCUAGUAUACUUUCUUUGCAAAUAUCGCCGCACAUUUUCGCUUAUUAAUCUUCUGUUCUUUUAUGAACUCUCGCAUUCUGAUCUCUUGACCACUUUCUCUUCCGCACUCUUCUCCGGGGUUUUCUUGAAAUCAGAUCACAGUUCUGCCUUUUUAUCUGUGGCUGUCUCUAGAAUCUGUUCCAUGCUGUUCUUUUUCUUGAUGGUUUCAUCGAUUUUCUCGUUUGUGUCUGAGUCGUCCUUGUUGUUGUUUCCAGUAAACUCCGAAGCCAUUUCCCUCCUGA